AUGCCACUGCCAGCGGCGCCGGCGCCGCCCCUGCAUGCCUGGUUUCGCUACCGCCGCGACCGGAGGCCCCGCCCUCCUCUCGCCCCCCCCCCCGCCCCUCUAGCCCGCAGUCCUCCCACCUCUCGACGCCCGCAGGGCUCAAGCUGCGAAUGAAAGCAUUUGGGGGCCAGACGCAGUGGCUCACGCCUGUAUCCACGCACUUUGGAAGGUCAAAGCAGGAGUAUUGCUUGAGCCCAGUAGUUCGAGACCAGUCUGGGCAACACAGCGAGACCCCAACCCCACAAUCUGUAAUUUAAAAACAAACUGCGGAUACUCCUGGCCCAAGGCGUCGCAGCGCGGGCGGGCCCUGUAGAGGGCGUGGCCUCAAGCUCUUGGUGCGUCUGGGGGCGUGGCGCCCGCGCCGUGGGGUUGUGGCCGCGAGCUCGGGCUGUGCGCGGAGGGCGUGGCCUGUGCGGGGCGGGACUUAUUGCCUGCGCGGUGAGGGAACGUGGUCUCGCGCCUGCUGGCGUGCGCCGUCCCGCGGCGCCGCUGUUGUGUACAGCAGGUCCCGGGGCGGCUAUGGCGGCCACGUUCUUCGGAGAGGUGGUGAAGGCGUCAUGCCGAGCUGGGACGGAGGACGAGGAGGAGGAAGAGGAGGGGCGGAGGGAGACGCCCGAGGACAGGGAGGUGCGUCAACAGCUGGCGCGGAAGAGGGAGGUGCGGCUCCUUCGAAGACAAACAAAAACAUCUUUGGAAGUUUCUUUGCUAGAAAAAUAUCCGUGCUCCAAGUUUAUAAUUGCUAUAGGAAAUAAUGCAGUAGCAUUUCUGUCAUCAUUUGUUAUGAAUUCAGGAGUCUGGGAAGAAGUUGGUUGUGCUAAACUCUGGAAUGAAUGGUGUAGAACAGCAGACACUACACAUCUGUCCUCCACAGAGGCUUUUUGUGGGUUUUAUCAUCUCAAAUCCAAUCCCUCGGUUUUCCUCUGUCAAUGCAGUUGCUACGUUGCAGAAGAUCAGCAGUAUCAGUGGCUGGAAAAGGUUUUUGGCUCUUGUCCAAGGAAGAACAUGCAGAUAACUAUUCUCACAUGUCGACACGUUACCGAUUAUAAAACCUUAGAAUCCACUGGCAGCCUUCCUUCUCCUUUCCUGAAAGCCCUGAAAACACAGAAUUUCAAAGACCCUGCGUGUUGCCCAUUGCUAGAACAACCGAAUAUAGUACACGACCUUCCUGCAGCAGUUCUGAGUUACUGUCAAGUAUGGAAAAUCCCAGCAAUUCUGUACUUGUGUUAUACUGAUGUGAUGAAAUUAGACCUAAUUACAGUGGAAGCUUUUAAGCCUAUACUUUCUACCAGAAGCUUGAAGGGUUUGGUUAAGAGAACUGGAUAUGUGAAGAUGAGAGAAUUACAUGAUGAACCUCUUCCUUACCCUUGGUUUAUACCUUUGGGCUCAUUUUCUAAAAAAAAUUGGAACAUAAUAUUCCCCAAAGCACUGAGAUACUAAAGAAAUUGAUGACAACAAAUGAGAUUCAGAGUAACAUUUAUACAUGAUCUUAAACAUUGUUUUGUAAUGUGUAUUACUUGUCCAUUCCUUAAAGAGGAGCAGCGUGCACUCUUCUGUAGAUUACUUUUGGGGGAUAUAUUUUGAGAACGAUGAAACGGAAUAAAAUUGUAAAAAAUUAA